AUGUCAUCCAAUAAUAAACGAUGUUCAUCGGGUAUUUCACCAACAACACAAAUACAAUCUCCUGGAUCAUCAAAACAAGGUUCAACAUUACCUCGUUCAAAAACAUGUGGUUUUACUAAUACAACAUCAUUAAAAUCUAAAUCAGAACGUCUUCAACCACUUGUAACAAACAAAAAUUCACAAUUAAAUAAUGAAAUAAUUCUUGAUGACAUUGAUAAACUUCCUCCAGCAAUGGUUAAUGAGCUUUGUUUACAUGCAAGAGGACUUGUGACAAUACCAAAUUUAUCUCAAUUUAGUAAAUUGCAGAUGUUAGAUCUUUCAUGUAAUAAUUUAAUACGUAUUGAAAACUUAAGAAAUCUAUCGAAUUUACGUGAAUUAAAAUUAUAUGGAAAUAAAAUUGAACGAAUUGAAAAUCUCGAAUGGUAUUUUGUUACAAAUUACGACUGUGAAUCGACUUAUAAGAGCUGUAUUUAUAAAAUUGAAUCUUCCGUUUUUCAUAAAUCAUAAUAGAUAGUGUGAAAAAUUCUACUCUCAUGAGAUAUUCUAACAUAAACAUUAUUACAUGACACAUCAAUCUAUUUCGAUUAUUAAAUUUAUUUUACGAGCUUUUAUUCAUUAAAUUGAAAUUUUAUAACAAAAGAAAAAACCAAUGUCCUAUUCAAUAGAAUGUAUUUUGAUUAGCAUAUUUUAUUAAUAUAAUAAUUGAUAAAUUGAAAGGAGUGUUUCGAAAAAUUUUUCAGUAUUUAUUAAUAAAAUAAAUUUCAUUUGUUCCGCUGUUUUUUUUUUCUUGAAAAACUAGCGUUAAGAGCGUGAAACAAAGGUUUUCACUAAAUGUGUUUAUAUUUAAAAUAUUAUAAGCUAAAAAAAGUAAUUUUUGAAUAUUAAAUAGUGCAUUUUGUAGAGCAUUCUUCAAGCUAUAAAAUCUUCAUACAAGAGUUUUUUCUUAAUGUGCUUAAAUUUUUCAACAAAAUAAACUUUUUUGUUAUUAGGGACAUGAUCGACUAGGAAUAUAGAAACUAGAUGGUAUUCGAGUUUCGACUCGAAUACGAAAUGCGGUGCGAAGCACACGUGCCGAGAAUCCGAAAAACGAAUUUCGUACCGAAAUCGAAUGAACGGUCUAAAUAUUGUCGAAAUUGCUUCUUACAUUCUAAGUCAAGGUUCAAAGAUAAUUGAAGUUUUUUUCAAGUAGGGAUAAAAGAUUAAAAAGAAUUUUUUUUCGAACAGCUGAUCUAACCUAGAUCUGACAUGAAAGGUAUCCAUUAUGAAAUUGAUCACUAGAGAAACUCUACUAAAGCGUAUCGACAGACUUCUAGAAACUAUUGUUUAUUGAUCGAUUAAUUAUCUCAAUGAUUCAUUAUCUACUAUCAGCUGUAUUGACAGCUGUUUGACAUAUGAGAAAAGUAAAUGGCGCCUAACUUUCUUUUAUUUUUUGAAUUUUAAUUAUCUCAAAACGAAAAGCAAAUAAAUAGUUUCAUAUUUGUCAUUUUCCAAAACCGAUUAUGAGGAAAUUAAGCAUUUUCAGAACAAUAUCAAUACAAAAGUUACGAGUUCGAUCUCGAUACUUUGACUUCGCGUUGAAACGAGCUUUCUGUGAGUUUCCAUUCUCAAGAUCAUCGCACCAGAAAAAGACAACUUUUGAUGCGUACGUCUAGUAAGAAAAAAAGAAAUAAAAAAAACUCGCGCCCGACUACAUAAAUGCUGUGCUUCGCACCGCAUUAACAACACAUCUUGUGGAUCUCGAGAUGAUAACAAAAUAAAGUGUUU